UAUUCUGUUACAUUGUAGCAAAAUGGCGACUGUCAUUCACAACCCCCUGAAAGCGCUUGGGGACCAGUUCUACAAGGAAGCCAUUGAACACUGCCGGAGUUACAACUCCCGCCUGUGUGCAGAGCGCAGCGUGCGUCUCCCAUUCCUGGACUCGCAGACCGGGGUGGCCCAGAACAACUGCUACAUCUGGAUGGAGAAGAGGCAUCGGGGCCCAGGCCUUGCCCCAGGCCAGCUGUACACAUACCCUGCCCGCUGCUGGCGUAAGAAGAGACGAUUGCACCCGCCUGAGGAUCCGAAACUGCGGCUGCUGGAAAUAAAACCUGAAGUGGAGCUGCCCCUGAAGAAGGAUGGAUUCACCUCAGAAAGCACCACCCUGGAAGCCUUGCUCCGUGGUGAGGGGGUGGAGAAGAAGGUGGACGCCAGGGAGGAGGAGAACAUCCAGGAAAUACAGAGGGUUUUAGAAAAUGAUGAAAAUGUAGAAGAAGGAAAUGAAGAAGAGGAUUUAGAAGAGGAUAUUCCCAAGCGGAAGAAUCGGACCAGAGGACGGGCCCGUGGCUCCGCAGGUGGCAGGAGGAGGCACGACGCCGCCUCGCAGGAAGACCAUGACAAACCCUACGUCUGUGACAUCUGCGGCAAGCGCUACAAGAACCGGCCGGGACUCAGCUACCACUACGCUCACACUCACCUGGCCAGCGAGGAGGGGGAUGAGGCCCAAGACCAGGAGACCCGGUCCCCACCCAACCACAGAAAUGAGAACCACAGACCCCAGAAAGGACCGGAUGGGACAGUCAUUCCCAAUAACUACUGUGACUUCUGCUUGGGGGGCUCCAACAUGAACAAGAAGAGUGGGAGGCCGGAGGAGCUGGUAUCCUGUGCAGACUGUGGACGCUCUGGUCACCCCACCUGCCUGCAGUUCACCCUGAACAUGACCGAGGCUGUCAAGACCUACAAGUGGCAGUGCAUAGAAUGCAAGUCCUGCAUCCUCUGUGGGACCUCGGAGAACGAUGACCAGCUACUCUUCUGCGAUGACUGUGACCGCGGCUACCACAUGUACUGUUUAAAUCCCCCCGUGGCUGAGCCCCCAGAAGGGAGCUGGAGCUGCCACUUAUGCUGGGAACUGCUCAAAGAAAAAGCCUCAGCAUUCGGCUGUCAGGCCUAGGGUCCCCGGUCACACAUAUGAGGUGACUUGCCACUGGAGAGGCUGAAGCAGAGGCCAGUUCAAACCCGAUCGAGCCCCUUCUCCCAUAUAUCCAGACAGACCAACCUUAAGGAGGAACGCCAAUCAGUAGCCACAGAGCACGUGGACACAGGGCAUCAAGGGGCGAGGUGUCUGCUUACCUCCUACGUGCAGGUUUCCGUUCUUCAGCCAGCCCCCCACCCCUUGUUUCUGCCAGAAAGAUGGUAAACUUUUGAAGAAUGACCCCAGCCACAGCCCUGUGGACCCUCCCUCACAUUUAUCCUAGCACCAGGCCCUCUCACUGGUUCCCCAUUUUAAGGUCCCAUUUUGUGACCACCCAUCCCGUCACUCCUGUGUGGUUCGGUGUUUCCUAUUAUCUAUCGUGUUCCAAGAAGCUUCGCACAGCCUCCCUGCCCUCAGCUUUGUCUUUCCAUCCUGAACUCAGCGGAGGAAUAAAGGGCUGCGGAGAAGUUUUUAUUUAUUAGAAGCCUCCCUGGAAACUUCUAGACUCGGGACCUGGAGCCCAUCCAGAUAAUGAAGCCCUGAAAUCCCUCCUGGUACCUCCGUCUCUUUGAAGAAGAACUUUUUGCUGCUUUCUCCACCCCCAGCAGAUAUGCAGUGAUAUCAGUGACAGCCGGGGGGGUGUGGGGUUCUCUAGAUGGUGCUGCGGAGGGAGGCGGAGGCCAUGAGAGGUGGGCAGAAACGCUACGAAGGUAAUUCUGAGGCCCUGUCACAGCCAGUCGGUAUUUGCUGUCCAUCAGGAAUGGUUUUGCCCGGGACCAGAUUGUCAGAGCUGGGGCAUCCUUGAGGAGAGACAGGCCACAGCGUAGGCAGAGCUCUGAAGUCUAGACUCUGCCUUCCACUCGGUCUGGGUCUGGAGCUUUCCCUGGUGGACCAAGAACCCGGGAAGGUGGUGAAGGCUGCGAGGUCAAGAAUCUGAAUGUUGGUCCUGAGGACUGCAGCGCUGAGAAACCCUUCAGUAUCGAUGUGGCGCCGCAGAUCCUUUUCCCCGAGCAACUCCUUCCUUCUGCAUCGUGUAUGUUUGCCAUUGUCUGCUGAGACCCGACUUUGGGAGUUUCAGGAUGGGGGAAGAAAUGAUGAUUCCCUAAACAAAUAACUGGGAUGAUGCGAUUAUUUAUGACCAGGGUGACCAUCACGCAGAAUCUUCAGCUUGAGGGCUGCUCUUGUCUCCGAAGUCCCCAGUUCAUGCUGGAUUCUCCCUUUGGGGGAAAAAAAUGUGUCGAGAAGUAAGAAGUGGGGAGGCAAUCAGAUGCCGAGAAGUCUGUGUUGGAAGUCAGCCCCGGGGGCUGGAGCAGGCCCGACCACCUUUGAAUCUCCGCAGCAGCGGCGGCAGCAGCAGCACGCAGUAACUGACACAUUUCUGGAAAAAUCAUUUGCCCAAAGGGCAGGUCUCGGUGAGCCGGACCCUCACGUGUGCUCGGCUUCCUUGAAAUCAGCUCCACUUCUGUGGUCCGGCUGCUUAUAACAAAGGCCCAGGUUAUUUUUAGACCUUCAGCUCCUGAAAAAAAGCCCUCCAGAGGCCUGGAGGCUCCAGCCACUUGGGCCACCUCUGCCUGGCUGCGGCCUUCUCGCCAGGACUUGGCAAGAGCCCUCCUUCCUGACUAAUUGCUCUUGGCCAGUGGACCUGGGGCAGCCUGGCGGGGAGCCAAGCUGUGUGUGUCUCUCCCCGGGUCCUUUGCAGGGUGACCUGUGGCCAGAGGUGGAGGUCAGUCUCCUGCAGGGGCCCGUGGCCUUGGAGGGAGUUCCACGGGUACAUAAUGAUCUCGUUUAAAGGGCUGACCAGAUGGGAUUUCCAUCUUCCUCUGGAGGGAUUUCCUUCCCCCUGUUGGUUGGUGCACCCGUUUUGGAUUCUGGAGGCCCAGGGAGGGUUUGGGAAGCUGCCAUGUGGUCACACCAUCAUCCGUUUACCCAAGAGGGUCACAUUGGAGGGCCAGAUUUCUUCCCCUGAUGGCCCUGGCUCUCUGUCCUCCCACAAAACCCAACGUGGGCAUCCUCAAAGGCUGGUUAUUGGUUUUGAAAAGUCACUUUGCUUAAUUUUAGGAAAAAAGUCGUCAAGCUGUUUGCAAAAGCCACAAAUGGCUUAAAAGCUUAAAAAAGCAAAUCUGAAACCAAAACAGUGACCCUGCAUGUAGACAGACCCUCUUUGGAGGGUGUUUCCCACCUCAACACAGUUGAUGGGGUGGGGGCGGGGAGGGGACUGUGUUCUUUCUCGAGACACGCUGGCUGCCACAGAAGCUAUGAAGGUGUGAUUGAAUCCUGGAGAGCAAGGAAGGUGCUGGAACCUUCCACAGGGGUGAGGGUGGCCAGGACUCUGCACUGAACAUCAGGAAGGCCCAGCAUUCCCUUUUUCAGUUUCACUGCCUGCAAGAUGGGCCCAAUCCCUUCUUUGGAGACCUCAGUUUCCCCCAUCUGGAAAAUGGGGACAGCAAAGCUGGCUGGUGAGAUGGCACUUGCAGGAUACUACAAGCAAAAAUCAUGGUUACACUGAUCACUUUCUGUAUUGAAAAAAGGAAGGUGUUGGUCAACAACUGCUCUUUUUUUGAGCCCCAGAGAAUGAGCUGGAAUCAUGGGUGCAUAUGGAUGCUCAGGGUUUUUGUUUUACCCCUGCCACUGAGUAGCUGUUUGAUCUUGGGCAAAACACUUAAUGUCUCUGAACCUCAGUUUGCCCAUCUGUGAAAUGGAGAUAAUACAUGUCCUGCCUGUUCCACAGUGAUAUCAGGAGUCUUAAAAGGCAUAAUGUUAUAAAAGUCAUCACUGGAAAGCUGGGCUUGUCAGGUAGGGACCCCCAAAAUGAUUUUCACACCCACUUUCUCGUGUGAGUUAGCCAAGGUUAGAUGCCUUCUUGGAAUUGCCAUUUUGACCAAAGGGGGUUUAUGUUUUAAGGAACAGACUGCCUGUGGUCAGGGUCACGAGGUCGAGCUGUGACAAGAAUAUUGUGACUGAGCACGGAUCUGUUGUGGAAGGUGAGGUUGUACCCUGGGGCUGGGGAUUUCAGAAUGCAGAUACUGCCUUCUAUGAGGUCAGCACAGCCUAGAAUGGGGCUCUGACUUCUGGGGAGGGCUGUCAUUCAGUUUAGUGUAACAGUCGCUUAAAAACUUUGGUUUUUAAAGCCCAGCCCUGCUAGUUUCUAGCAGAAAUGACUUGGGGAGAUGACUUAACCUCUCUGGGCCUCACGUUCCACAUCUGAGAAGGGAGAUCUGGCCGAUCCAGGAGGGUUCUUUCAGGGACUAGAGUCAAUGUUGUUGAAGAUCCUGACACGGGGCUUGGGUUCCUUGGUUGGGGGGCAGAGGGGGUCCUCCCCUGCUCCGUGGUAGCGCCUGUCACUGCACAGAGGCCACCAUGUGGAGAUAAGGAUGCUGCUGCCUCUCAGCUCAAAGCCCGGGCACAGCCAGGGUGCCCUGGUUCAGCUUCACCCCGAUGCUAUGGCUCCCGCUAGCCAGAGAGGAGGUGCAGCUGCGAGGUCCAAGCCGGAAGCUGAAGCCCUCUGUUUCCUGUGGGUAUUUUCGAAAUGCUGCCUUUGGGGCCUGCAGCAAAUCCAGUGCAGGCACCAGAGUGAGGAAAUAGAGAGACAAGGCCCCUGGUGGGAUGUUCACCUUCUGACUUUCUUCCUCAACCCCGCACUGACUCAGAGCCCCUGAGGCAGGAGCCUGCCAGUCCAAAGGGGCCCCGGCUCCUGUCAUUGCCCCGGAGCCAGGUAGGAGGCCUGCACAGGCCUCGGGGGCAGCUGCUUCCCUGGACUUGGCUCAGUCUGUCUGCAACCAGGAUAGCAAGCCCGUGGGAGGGAGGCCAGAUUCCUUCGGUGCCGGGGAGGAGAGCAGGUUUAAGGUUGGGGGAGGGUUUGGCUUUCACAGUGAUGGUUUCGUGAUACCCUGGAGAGUUUACGUUCAUGCUGCAUUUGAGUCUUUGUGCUUUGAACACAGCGUGAUUCCUUUAUGCCCUUCCCUUUAAAAGUUCAGAUAUUUUAAGGAAGAAAAAUGAGAUGAUUAUUAUUACUCUUCCUAUAGGGGCAAAUUUAAGAGACAGAUCUAUGUGCUUGAAGAAAAAUUAUGGGUACCCUUAGGCUUCCAGACUCAGAGAAGAGGGGCCUCUGGUAUCUUCUUUGAGUCCUUGUGUAGGAGGUGAGGGAGGAGCCCUGAGGACCUCCUUCUCUGCCCCCUAGGAGGUUCUCAGUCCGAAUGCAGGUGCUGGGACCACAGCCCCCUCUUCCUGUCUCACUCCCUGAACCCCCAGGCUCUCCCCUGCCACCCACUGUGGGCCCCUUCAGGGUGUACCUGUGUCCCAACCCUAGGGAGACAUGGCUUCCUGGGUCAGCGCCGAGCUCACACUCCUGCUGAAGGUGCCCCGCUUGCCUCCUUUCCCUAGCUGGACAUUGGUGUCACCUAGAGUAGGCUCACAUCCCUGGAGAGGGAGGGAGAGGCAGCCCUGAGUAAGGAGUGGAAAGGGUCAAAGAUUUUCACUUUAGGCAAAGUAAAAUGAAGAGAAUUGGGGCUGGGGGAGGGGCUUUGAGGAGGGGGCCAGAAACCUGGGUUCCCCUGAGGAAGAAAUCCUGCACCUAAAUAACUAGAAGGCAUGAGAAGAAAGAGUUGUUAUAACUCAUUGUUUUCUCCCUAAAGGCCUAAGAUCCUGGUAAUGAGUUUUUUGUUUGUUUGUUUGUUUAUUUCCCCAAAGGCCCAACCUCUGUCAGUUCUGGACACCAAGAUGACUCUACCUUUUUCGAGACCCUCCGGCCUCUGGCCCCCUGGGUUGGGGGUGGGGCGCUUCAGAGACCAAAGCAGGCAGGAGUGAUGCCCUUCACCCAGCUGGAGGUGGGAGGUACAGUGGGUCUCCUGGUUGACCGCUGUGAAUUUUCCCAAUGCCACAGAAAAAGCGUCCUUUGAUACCCAUUAGUGAGAUGAGCUGCUGAGGUCCUUCUGGUCUGGAUGGAAGGUAGGGGCAUGGUGGAGAAAGCGGUGGUAGCAAAGGCCAGGCUGGGUCACCACCUGCUGCCCUGGGAGUGGAGGACUGCCAGGCGCUGCCUCUAGAGGCAUCAGGCCCGGGAGGCCCUCCCUGAGCUGGUCCCCAAGCCCAGCUGCGCAGCAGCUGGGACCCCAAGAAAGGGGGCACCUGGCCGGUCCUCCCCACUGCCCAGCAAGCUGGAUGGGGUUCCUCUUCCUCCUGUUGUCUGCUUCCCCUUUUGAGGAUCUCACUCCCAUCCCCAAAAGGAUGCUUUUGGUUUCCCAGUUAGCCCAGUUUCCCCUGGACACCAGGUGAGUUGGGAAGAGGGUGGAAGCACAGAUGCUUUCGUUUACCUCAGGCCUUCAGGUCUUCCCACCCAGCCCCAUGGCCCUGCGGGUUCCUUAGGUCUAAUUGGUCAGUGGUCAGAGGCGGGGCUCUGCAGCUAUCAGGGGGGUUAUGACACCCCGCUCCCCCCCAACCCCCCAGCCGCCCCAGUUCCUGAACAUUCCUAGAGCUUGGGGAUCUGAUCUCAAUUCCCCACGGCCACCAGCCCCCGGUGUAGAAAGAGCAGAGCAGGUGGGUUAGUUCAGGGCCUUCCAGGGUGCUCAGGGGGCCUCUGACCGUGGGGAGCUGGGUCCUUUCUAGGGAGGCGGGACAGCUGAGGUAAUUGUUCUGGGAGGGAGGCCAAAGGGACAGGAAGCUGUCCUUGGGUGCCGCCCGCCCGGGUGCCCUGGCUGCGGGAGCAGGGCUGGCCGGCUUUUGAGCAUCUCAGCAGCUGCUCGGGGCAGGGCGUGGCUGCAAGGCGCCCUCCCCAGGCUGCUGGGAGGAGAGGCCACAGGAAGCACCUCCAGGAAACUGUCAGGGGGAGGGUCGUGGUUUCCCAGAAGGAACAGAGGCCCCCUGUGUGCAGGGAAAGCUUCGGAAGGGGGCGGGAUCCCAGAGGAGGCACCCUCUGGGCUCUCAGGGGGCCCUGCCCGUGUCCCCUCAGCUGGCUGAGACCUGAGGUAACUCCCCAGGGUCCUGGGUGGGAGGCUUUGAGGGGGCUCAGAACGGGGGUCAGAGGGCCCAGGAACACCCUUGGUCACGGCCUCUGUUCCCAACUGCCUCCCUCUCUUCACCCCAGUGCUUUGAAAGAGAGGCAUUGCAGGCCUUCCCCCUCUUUGGCCCCACCAAGAGAAGGAAGCAUUUGUGCUGAUGGUGACAUUUCCCAGGCAGGCCAGAGGAAGGCAGGGACCGGGACUGGCCGGCAGCCAGAACCCUCUUCGGCAGAGAUAUAAUGACUAAUCAUGACCUCUAGCCCAGGCAGUGAGCAAAGCAGCCAUUCAGGACGGCACCAACCCAGUAUGGCAAAAAAAAAAAAAAAAUGCUGCUGUGGUGGGGAAGAGAGAGGGUAAGCAGUCACUGUAGGAAAUGGGGGGGGGUGAGCCCCCAAGAUCUCUGUUCUCCCUCAACAACACCCCCCAAGUCUCCAGGUUGUAUUCAUAUAGACUGCAUCCUGUUUGCCUGACUCUGCAUCUCUAUAAUUCCUAUCAAUGUUAUUAGUGUGGAUGGUGAGAACACAGAUGCACACACACACACACACACACACACACACACACCCGUGGCUUAGGGAACCAAAGCAAACCUUUGUGUUGCUCCAGAAUGAGAAGGAGAACCUGCUGGUAACCAGAAGCCACCAGACCAGAUGCUUUCUUUCCCUGAGUUUCCUGCCAGGCCAGCUCCCCCAGCUUCCAGCCCCUGCACAACCACAGGGAGCUGGAAAGGAAUCCUUGUGCUUGGAAAGUCAUUGGCCAUGAGGAUUCUCUCAUCCCUCUCCUCUGCUUCCUUGGGGGAGAUGUUUGGCAAUAGUUGGGGAUCUGGAAAAAAGUCUUGAUUCUGCUUUCUGUUGAAGGGAUGCAAAGAUUUUCUGGGUAGCACUGGGGUUGUGGUUUUGUUGACUUUGCCCUUUUAUGAUCAUUCCCCAUCAAGACAUGGGUUCUCCUCUUCCUUAGUGAGCCUUCUCCCUUCCCGCACCUUCCCUCCCUUCCCUCGUGCCAGGCUGGAUGCUGCAGGAUGGGGUGGUAGUGGAAAGAAACAGUAGCACAAAAGAAAAGGAAAACACUUUCUCCCUGCACGUUUUCACCAUGUAGUUGAAGGCCUAAAUUAGGUACUGGAGAAAAAAUAAGGGAAAACACAAACAUGUGAGUGAGAGCAUGAAAACAUAGAACAGUCAUCCCCAAGCAGAGGGGGUGGGGGCAGGUGGCUGGAGAGAGGCGGGGUAGGGAGGCAGGGUCCCGGCUCAUCGAUGCAUCCGGCCCAUGUGGCAUUUGGGAAGGCAGAGUUACGCUUUGGCAAGAGAUGCUCAGAUGCUUGGGGGACACUCGUGCCCUGGACCAGGGAAGAGUACAUGUCAAUCCUUGUGCUCACCACUCAUCUGCUCCAUUUGCCCACUCUGGGCAUCUUUCUUCCAGAGGAGCAUGAACACAUUUCCUGCCUGCCAUGAAGGACUGCUGGGCAGGCUGAUACGGGCCAAAACACUUGGUGGGGUAUGUACUACAGGCCUGGCAUUGUGCUAGAUACCACAGGGUCUGGAGGAAUAAAGUACAUCCUGGCCCAAACUGUCAGUUGCUUUUCAGCCUUAAAAUUUCACUCCCUCAAGGCACCCUGAUCACAUGUCAGGAGGCAUGCCAUCAGAGAAGGUAUGCGUGUGUUUGGGUCUCUCUGUUUAGGACACAUGUUGGUCAGUAGAAGAUGAGCAGGCCUAGGCGUCCUGUUAUUCUCACCCUCUGGGGCUGGGAGAAAGGAGUGCAGUUGACAUCAGCCUGGUUGCUUUUAAGUCUCCCAAGCACUGGCUGCCCUGGGAAGACGAGCGUCCUUAACAGGAACUGGAGUGAGCUGAUGUGUCACCAGUUAGAGGGACUCAGAGCCUGGGCCUCCAGAAGCUGCCUUUGGGCCACUGGGUGAUGGGCAGGCAGGUGCAACUGGCAGGGCCUGAUCAGAGGUCGAAAGGGACCCUCACAAUGGCCUUGUCCAGUCCCCACUGGAGGAAGCAGAGAUGAAGAGUGGUGGGACCCAGGCCUCAUGCAUGGGUUGGGUGGACUCCCAAGGAGACCCCAGCCAGGCUGUUCCAGCUGCACAGCGUUUCUGGCUUGCAGGUGGUGGGGAGGGCAUGUCAAAGGUGUUUUCAGUAAACCUUCUCUGUCCUCCUUUGGCCAAGUGCUCGUCAGAUCUGAGCUUCAUGCUCCACUAGAUUCCCACUGUCUGACAACAUCAGCAAUUGGCUAUUUGCUUCAGCUCAACCUUCCUCUACACAUGUCACAGACAGAUUCCAGGUUCUAGCUAUUCCCUGAAGAAGCUGCCCCAAACUGGCUUUAAGGCUGAGCACCUGGACUAAGGGGAAAGCUCGUAUCUGCCCCUGUGUUGGUGUCAGCUCAGAGUUGGCCUAAAGCAACCUUCACUUCCUCUGCUGGGCAGGUUCUGGGAAAUGCUCUUCCCUGGACAGCACUGGCUCCCAGAAGGUGGUUUUGGUGAUCUCUGUGGAGAGUCAGGGACACAAGGCUUUCAUGAUGCUUGGCUGGGGGUCUGGUUUUAAAGUGCUUGAGAACCCGAAGUGCAUUCUGGGGUUUGAUCUACCCAUCCGUUUGAAAGCCUUUGGGCAAGGCUCUUCCGACUGACCCAGUUUCAGCAGUCUCUUGUGCCGGCAGGAGGAGAGAGAGGAAGGCCAUCUGACUUGGAUCCCAUCCAGGCCAGACCAGCAGCACCUCCCCCAGGCAACCAGCCUCAGACUCUGAGCCCACAACCCACCCUCUCCCCUACCCCCAGCUCCAUGAAAGGUGGACGCUGCUGGCCCAGUGGGCUGAGCCCCGAGCUGGUCUUCCCUCCUCUUCUACUCAAGUCUACUCAGGCUGAGAAUACAGUCUGCUCAGACCCCUUCCCAGCCUGAGGGUGACCCGCUGGACCAAUUAGGAAGUGGAGACCUGGGGGAGGGACCGUCCCAUCCACAUCACACAGUCCACUGGAUCAAGUCGCAACAAGUCCUCAGUUGGGUCUGCAUCCCUUUCCAAAUGUGUUUAGACCGAGGGCAGUUUUAAAGCCCAGUUUUGAUGACAUUCCCCUUUGAGAGCCAAGAAACGGAACAUCUCUGCCAGGAAACUGAGAUAAAUUGAUUUUCUUCUAGCUGCCUGAAGUCCCACUGUGUUUCUCCUCAGAGAGAGGCUGAUUGUGGCAGCUUUGAUGUCUUCCUGGGAUUCCUCUGGAUGAGCUGUGGCCCCAGGGAUAGGAAGGCUGAAAGGGGUCCCACAGGAGGGGAUGCUGGACCCAGCGUCGUGGGAGGAGGCUCAGGCCUGUGCAGGCUCUGGUUAAGAAGAGAGCCUGAGGAGCCUGGAAAGGGGUUCCUUGAGCUUUUACACUUCCUGACCCAGCUGGUGAAGAGACCUUGGUGCCUCACAGCUUCAGGAAUUUACCAUCCUCAGAUUGCUUUGCGCUAUGGUUGGAAAGGUGGCCCCUGGAGAUGUUCCAAUGAUCUCCAAUUGCCAAGGGUGCAUUUGUACCUCUAGAUCCACAGAUAAGAGGCAAACUGGGUGUCACUUCUUCAGGUGUGGUCACAAGAGAGGAAGCCAUUCUCACAGUGUGUGCCCAUCAUUCCAAAAUGCCUUCUAGCCUCUUCUACCUGCAUCUCUUACAACUCCUGAGUUGGUAGGUGGGUUCUUUACCUCUAGAGCCAUCUCGGAAGCCUUUCUCUUCUACUCGCCCUGCCUCAACUCUUCGCAAAACUUAGUCAUAAAUGAAUGGCCAAGAGAGUUGACCUCCAGCAACAGAAAUGCCUGCUAACAAAGGUCUUCCUUUUACGCUCCCUUGAACUCCCUCCUCACUGGACCUUGGGAUCCAACACCCAUUACCUCCUGCUGACGGGAGGACUUAGAGUUGUCCAGCCCUGAGCCACUCGAGUAUCUCAGACAAUGUCCAGGAUUGAGGUAGACACAGCUUUCAUGAGGUUAAAGAGAAGGGCUCCAGACUUAGGAAGUUGCAGUGGCCUGAGGAGAUCUCCAUUGGCUCCUCUAAAAAGCCACCACAGCAACAGACAGACAAGAGCCCCCGCUCUCCCACCCCACAACCUCUUUCAGGUGUGAUGUGGUCGUUGUCUCAGCCGUAGGUGUGUGUGCCCCACUCUGCUCCUCUGUCUUCUGGGGGUGCUCAUUUCUCCUGUGUGUUAAGUUCCCACUCUUGUGGCUCCUGCUGUGAAAAGUGCUGUGACGUCUCUGCCCUGUCUGAGGGAUAUUUCGAGGUCUCUCAGUGUGUCAGUAUUGGAGAUGAGGCUGUGCCAUGUCUCCCAGAGUCCUAAGAGGACACACGGGUUUUGUGACUUCCCAGAGAGUGGGUGUACUGUAAGCGUCCGGGAGGAUCUCCAGGUGGGAAGCAUCCCACACCUGGAAUUGGAUCCACUGGCGAGGACUUGUCUGGAAGCCGGGUCCACUGCUUCCUUCAGAAGAGGGCUGACGGGAGGGCUGCCUGUGAGCCAGGAUGCUGCCCUCUCCCCUUGCCUUCCUCCUGUCCUGACCUGGCUUCUGGGAGAGGCGCCAAGGAGAGGUCAAGUCCCGUAGCCAGUGUGAAGUGGGCAUCAAGCAGCUUUUAUCUUGGAGACCCUUGGACAUCCCAGCCCCUCCAUGGAGCCCUUGAACCUCCACAAAGACUGAGUCACAGGCCGUGUCCCUUACUUGCUGUGGUUGUAUCUCGUUCUGUGGUUGGUUAGCAGUGUUGACGAUCUAUGUAGUGAAUCUUUUUGUCUGCAAUUUAGCAAAUGUGUAAACAAAUAAAAGGUUUUAAA